UAUCUCUAUAUUAUCUGUGUGCGUGUAAGUAUUCCAUAGUGUCUGUGAAAUUGAUAUAGAGAGGGAGAGAGUGAAUUUUUGUCAUCUUGCUUGAUCAUGGACAAGAGUUCUUGUUAAAGAAAACCAGCCCAACUCAACUCCCUUCGUUUUCUUGUUCUUUUUCACCAAAUACUUGUCCCUUCUUCACCUAAUCUCAACAUAUUUUUUCACACAGUACACACAGUGGAAAAGAGAGAUUUUAGUAGGAGAAAAAAAGUCAUUUAUUGGAGUUUAAAUUGAUUUUUAUUUUUUUUAAAAUGUCUUCUGAUCUCUUUGCAUUUGACAAUUUCUUUUCUGAACCGUUCUUUCCAUUUACUGAUUCCCCCAUUGACAUUUUUCAAGACUUUCAAGAAAAUAUUAAUGGUAGUUCAAAUUUAAUUCAAGAGAAUAACCCAAUUGAUGAAACAAAUUCUUUGGAAAAAAUUUCGUCUAUCCUUUUGUCAUCAUCUUCUUCCCCACCAAGUAGCCAGCUUGAAAAUCUCUCAAUAUCCCAUUUAGAAAAUGCAAAAUACCCUUUUCCAGAUGUGAAAUCAGAGGAAUUUCCAGUCCCUUUUGAGAGUUUUUCUGGUUAUGAUAAUUCAUUCAUGCGUCAAAGCUAUGAUGGCAGUUCUGAGAUUGCAAUGAAGUUCAUGCAGAGGAGUCUUAGCAGCAAUUCAUUUGACGGAAAACAAAAGAAUUUAUUACAGCCUGGAUUUAAUUAUGUUUUGGAAGGUUCAAAUUCGCAGAAACAAAUCUUUAAUUCAACAGAAAGCGGUUUUUCAUCUGGUGAAAUGAGAAGGGUUUGCAGCACUGGAGAUUUGCAAAGUAUGAGAACAAAGUUGCAAACAGGCAAUGCAUUGUCCUCUAGCCCAUUGUCUACGGAGAAGUCAUUCAUGGAUGAAGCAAACUUCAAAGUAGGGCGCUACAGUGCAGAAGAGAGAAAAGAGAGGAUUCAAAGGUACAGAGCAAAAAGGAAUCAAAGAAACUUCAACAAGACGAUUAAGUAUGCAUGUCGGAAGACGCUAGCCGACAAUCGACCAAGGAUACGUGGCAGAUUUGCGAAAAACGAUGAAGCUGGAGAGAUUCUCAAAGCACCAACGUUCAAUGGAUAUGAGGACAAAUACGAUCGUUGGAUUGAUGCAUUUCUUUAUGAAGAAGAAGAUGAAGGAAUUAAAGGAGGAGGGCCAUUCUUCAACAACUUUGGUUCAACUCAGUAUCAAAAUUAUUACUAGAGAUGAUCAGUUCACGUGAGCAAUUUGGGAUCUAUAAGUCCCUUUAAGUCAAAAUAAGUUAGAUUCUUAAGUUGAGUUUAGUUUGACUUUCCAUUUGGAAAUAGUAGUUUUUCCCUUUACCUCAAGUGAUAAUCAUAUGGUCAUGUUUGGAAUGCAGUGCUGAAGAAAUUAUACACUAUAAUAAAGAUAUUAACUUUUUCUA